AUGACGAACGGCCUCAUACACUUCAGUGCACAAGUGCGAGGUAAAUGGUCGUCUGCUCUCCCGACCUCGCUGACCCGCAUCAGCGCCCCCUCCCGGCGAAAUUACGAGCGCCAUUGUAUUGGAGAGAGUCAAUACCUCGUUCAGGUGAAAGAAAUCGAUGAAGAGGAUCUAACUUCGUCGCUCGGCUGGAGUGGGUGUAAAAAGAAACCAACUGAAGCCAAGCCUCAAUGGCUGGCGGGGGUACGUGUAGAAGCCACAAUUCUCACCAACCCACCUUUCUCACAAGCCACAACUCUCACCAACCCACCCUUCUCACAAGCCACAAUUCUCACCAACCCACCCUUCUCACAAGCCACAAUUCUCACCAACCCACCCUUCUCACAAGCCACAACUCUCACCAACCCACCCUUCUCACAAGCCACAAUUCUCACCAACCCACCCUUCUCACAAGCCACAACUCUCACCAACCCACCUUUCUCACAAGCCACAACUCUCACCAACCCACCUUUCUCACAAGCCACAACUCUCACCAACCCACCCUUCUCACAAGCCACAAUUCUCACCAACCCACCAUUCUCACAAGCCACAAUUGUCACCAACCCACCUUUCUCACAAGCCACAACUCUCACCAACCCACCUUUCUCACAAGCCAUAACUCUCACCAACCCACCCUUCUCACAAGCCACAAUUCUCACCAACCCACCAUUCUCACAAGCAACAAUUCUCACCAACCCACCUUUCUCACAAGCCACAACUCUCACCAACCCACCUUUCUCACAAGCCACAACUCUCACCAACCCACCCUUCUCACAAGCCACAACUCUCACCAACCCACCCUUCUCACAAGCCACAAUUGUCACCAACCUAUCUUUUUCACAAGCCACAACUCUCACCAACAAACCCUUCUCACAAGCCACAAUUCUCACCAACCCACCCUUCUCACAAGCCACAACUCUCACCAACCCACCCUUCUCACAAGCCACAACUCUCACCAACCCACCCUUCUCACAAGCCACAAUUGUCACCAACCCACUCUUCUCACAAGCCACAACUCUCACCAACCCACCCUUCUCACAAGCCACAACUCUCACCAACCCACCCUUCUCACAAGCCACAAUUGUCACCAACCCACCUUUCUCACAAGCCACAACUCUCACCAACCCACCCUUCUCACAAGCCACAAUUCCACAACUCUCACCAACCCUCCCUUCUAACAAGCCACAACUCUCACCAACCCACCCUUCUCACAAGCCACAAUUCCACAACUCUCACCAACCCACCCUUCUCACAAGCCACAACUCUCACCAACCCACCCUUCUCACAAGCCACAAUUCCACAACUCUCACCAACCCACCCUUCUCACAAGCCACAAUUGUCACCAACCCAUCUUUUUCACAAGCCACAACUCUCACCAACAAACCCUUCUCACAAGCCACAAUUGUCACCAACCCACCCUUCUCACAAGCCACAACUCUCACCAACCCACCCUUCUCCCAAGCCACAACUCUCACCAACCCACCCUUCUCACAAGCCACAAUUGUCACCAACCCACUCUUCUCACAAGCCACAACUCUCACCAACCCGUCCUUCUCACAAGCCACAACUCUCACCAACCCACCCUUCUCACAAGCCACAAUUGUCACCAACCCACCUUUCUCACAAGCCACAACUCUCACCAACCCACCCUUCUCACAAGCCACAAUUGUCACCAACCCACACUUCUCACAAGCCACAAUUGUCACCAACCCACCCUUCUCACAAGCCACAAUUCUCACCAACCCACCUUUCUCACAAGCCACAACUCUCACCAACCCACCUUUCUCACAAGCCACAACUCUCACCAACCCAUCCUUCUCACAAGCCAUAACUCUCACCAACCCACCCUUCUCACAAGCCACAAUUCUCACCAACCCACCAUUCUCACAAGCCACAAUUGUCACCAACCCACCCUUCUCACAAGCCACAAUUCUCACCAACCCACCAUUCUCACAAGCCACAAUUCUCACCAACCCACCUUUCUCACAAGCCACAACUCUCACCAACCCACCUUUCUCACAAGCCACAACUCUCACCAACCCACCCUUCUCACAAGCCACAAUUGUCACCAACCAACCUUUCUCACAAGCCACAACUCUCACCAACAAACCCUUCUCACAAGCCACAAUUGUCACCAUCCCACCCUUCUCACAAGCCACAACUCUCACCAACCCACCCAUCUCACAAGCCACAAUUCUCACCAACCCACCCUUCUCACAAGCCACAAUUGUCACCAACCCACCUUUCUCACAAGCCACAACUCUCACCAACCCACCCUUCUCACAAGCCACAAUGGUCACCAACCCACCCUUCUCACAAGCCACAACUCUCACCAACCCACCCUUCUCACAAGCCACAAUUCUCACCAACCCACCCUUCUCACAAGCAACAACUCUCACCAACCCACCCUUCUCACAAGCCAUAACUCUCACCAACCCACCUUUCUCACAAGCCACAACUCUCACCAACCCACCUUUCUCACAAGCCAUAACUCUCACCAACCCACCCUUCUCACAAGCCACAAUUCUCACCAACCCACCCUUCUCACAAGCCACAAUUCUCACCAACCCACCUUUCUCACAAGCCACAACUCUCACCAACCCACCUUUCUCACAAGCCACAACUCUCACCAACCCACCCUUCUCACAAGCCACAACUCUCACCAACCCACCUUUCUCACAAGCCACAACUCUCACCAACCCACCCUUCUCACAAGCCAUAACUCUCACCAACCCACCUUUCUCACAAGCCACAACUCUCACCAACCCACCUUUCUCACAAGCCACAACUCUCACCAACCCACCUUUCUCACAAGCCACAACUCUCACCAACCCACCCUUCUCACAAGCCACAACUCUCACCAACCCACCUUUCUCACAAGCCACAACUCUCACCAACCCACCCUUCUCACAAGCCACAACUCUCACCAACCCACCUUUCUCACAAGCCACAACUCUCACCAACCCACCCUUCUCACAAGCCACAACUCUCACCAACCCACCCUUCUCACAAGCCACAACUCUCACCAACAAACCCUUCUCACUAGCCACAAAAUCUCAUCAACCCACCUUUCUCACAAGCCACAACUCUCACCAACCCACCCUUCUCACAAGCCACAAUUGUCACCAACCCACCUUUCUCACAAGCCACAACUCUCACCAACCCACCCUUCUCACAAGCCACAUUUGUCACCAACCCACCGUUCUCACAAGCCACAAUUUUCACCAACCAACCUUUCUCACAAGCCACAAUUCUCACAAUCUAUUAUUCUCACAAACCCACUUUUCUCACAAACCAUUACUCUCACCAACCCAAAAUUCUCACAACCAAUUCCAAAACUCCUCUGUCCAGUACCUCUCAGGACCCCAAUUCUCACCCACAGACAAUUCUCACCCACAGCACAACUCUCACCCACAGCACAACUCUCACCAUGACAGAACCCCAGCCUGA